GGAAAACAGUUCCCAAAAAUUAAAAAAGGAAAAAACUCUUUUUACGAGGCUCUCUAAAAGUUUGGACUUUUAAAAUGAUCUCAUGUUGGAAAUUUAUGGGGAAUUGUAAUUUUGAGUUCGCAAAUCGCCAAUUUGAUAGCUUCUCUGCAUUGAAAUACUCAAAAUUCAAAACCUGGUUUUACAGAGGGGUUGGCGACCUCCUUGUCUGUCCAUUUAGCUAGUGUCCUCUGUUCGCUGAUUGAGAUUGGUGCUUGGGUGAUGUUCAGCUGAGAAUUGAGACAAGUAAUAUGGCAGGGAUGGGGAAGAAGGUCGUAAGAGAAAUUAGUGAGGCUUCUCGCUUCAUUUGUACUGUAGGGUUCUGGAGAAUGGCUGUGUUGUGGAUAUUCUCUCUUCUUAUCUCCUACUUCAAGUUGUUGACCCGAACCUUCUUCUCUGGAAAUCGUGACUCCUAUACCCGAUGCCCUCCUCUGCGUAUGCCGCCAUCAACCACUGCUGCUUGGCCCAUCUGCAUCAUCACUGGUGCUACAUCAGGUUUGGGAGCAGCGGCUGCCCAUGCUCUUUCAAAGGAAGGUUUCUAUAUUAUUCUGGCUGGACGUUCUUCUGAUUUGUUAUCAAAGACUGUGACAGAGAUUAAACAAUGGGACAAAGAUGCACAUAUCAAAUGCUUUCAGGUUGACUUUUCAUCCUUCUGCUCAAUCCUAAAGUUCGUAGAGUCCCUUAAGCAAUGGCUUUCAGAUUCAGACAUGCAUCAUUCAGUACAGCUCCUGAUAAACAAUGCAGGAAUACUUGCAACCUCGUGUCGAUUCACAGUUGACGGACAUGAUCAAAUGAUGGGAACAAAUUACAUGGGUGCAUUCUCUGUGACCAAGCUUCUACUACCACUUCUUGAAAACAGCCCAAUUCCUUCUCGGAUAAUUAAUGUUACAUCCUUUACACAUCUAAAUGGAUGUGUCAGGAGUUUCUAUAUUUUCUGGAGGGAGCAAACUCACAUAUUGUCUCCAGUAUUUAAUGUACAGAUCAACAAGGAAACUGUUUCUGGAAAGUGCUUCUCAAAAGUGAAACAAUACCCUUGUGCUCAUAUAUAUGAGUUUUCCAAGUUAUGUUUACUGCUGUUCUCCUAUGAGCUUCAUCGGCAACUUGCAUUGAUGGAUAAAUCUCACCUGGUAUCUGUCAAUGCCGCGGAUCCUGGAGCAGUGGAAACCAACAUCAUGCGAGAAAUUCCUUCAUAUCUUUCGCAUAUAGCAUUUAUAGCGUUGAAACUUCUGGGUCUGUUGCAGCCAGCUGAAAGUGGGGUCAGUUCUAUUCUUGAUGCAGCUCUUGCCCCUCCAGAGAUAUCUGGAGCUUACUUUUUUGGUGGGAAGGGUAGGACCAUCAACUCUUCUGCUCUCUCGUACAGCACUAGACUUGCAGAGAAACUGUGGGCGACCUCAUCUGACUUGUUCCUAGAGUUGAGGCUGGCAACAGAUAACAUUCCAUCUGCAUCAUCUGAUUAGAUAUUAGUGUGGCUCUUAAUAAAGGAACUAACACUGCAUCUUGUAGCACAGAGUUUAAUCUUUUGUUUUAUAAAAUGUUCAAAUUUGACAAAUUCAUGGCAAUUUUGUAUUGUAAUUUGUUGAGAUUCACACAAAUCAAAAUCAUGGCUCAAUGUGCAAAAGAGAAUUUUGGUUGUAA